UUUGGUAAUUGUAACCAUAAAUCGAUAAUAAUGGUUGAGAUCAUGCAUUAUUUGUUGAGUACCUACCUGUAUACCAACCAACAGUAGGUGGGUAUUUUGGUAUCCUAUGAAUAAUAAAAAAAAGGUUACAAUAGCUUUUCAUCCCAUCCUAAAUCUACCUAUAUUAUAUCUUACUACGUAAGAAAUAAAGCUUCAGUUACGUGCAAUUUAGGAUCAAUCAUCUAUUAUUGGAUAAUUCACCGAUAAGAUGACUGCAACCAUAUCCUAUCCGCAUGGGAAGCCCGAGAUGCUAGAUCAGAUACACCGAGCCGCCAAGAUGGAUACUAGUGUUGAGAACGGAAAGCAAAUAAUAGAAAUCAAAGAAAUUUUAACCUUUGAUGAAGUAAAUUUCAUAGUGAAACAGACCACAGAUCGUGAAUUUGAAAUCAUAGAUUACCCCGCUCGGUCAGCUAGUGACGAUGGUAUAAAAGGCUUUGUCGGAGACCACUUCAGGAUGACGAUUAAUGUGAAAGAAAACGAUAGCUUUCGGAAGAUACAUUUAUUUAUAAAGACUUUGCCGCUGGUGAAUAAGCCGAAAGCAGAUUGUAUUAUAGAAAACAAAUUUUUCAAGAGAGAGGCUUUGAUGUUUCAGUUGUUCGAAGAGAUGCAGCAGAUGGGCGGUCAGAAUUCCUGGUACAGAAAAGCUUUCAUUCACAACGACAAGCUGUUAGUGAUGCCUGACCUUUGCGUGCAAGGUUAUCAGACGUAUCCCGUGCAACGCUAUCUCGAUAGAGAGCACACUUUGGAGACUGUUGCGACUGUCGCAAAGUUUCACGCAGCGGUUGCCAACUAUUUCUCACAAAAGAAAUUUGAAGAUCCUGGAUAUAAUUUUAUGGAUAUUUAUGGUAAUAUUGUGAACGAGCCACCGAUGGCUUUUUGUGACUCGGCUUGGAUACGAGCCGCUGCAAAACUUAGUAACAAUUUGCUCAGGGAAUUUUCCUUUAAAUGGCACCAGUUUGCAGAAUUUUCAGGUGACUUGGAAGAAACGUUAUAUAAGCUUUAUGUCCAAGGUUGCAACGCGCUAAAAGAAUAUGAAAAUACCCUAAAUGUUAUCAUUCAUAAAGAUUUAUGGACAAACAAUAUACUGUUCAAAUACAAGAAUGAUGAGGUAUCCACGGCCGUGCUGCUAGAUUUUCAAUGUAUUCGCUAUGCUCCACCUGCAUUUGACAUUAUGUCAUUCCUGUACUUGAAUACGUCGAGAGACUUUCGUGAUCGAUACGAAAAUGAAGUACUGCAGCACUACUUCUCAGUAUUCAAAGAUAAUUUGAACGAGCUCACGAAAAAUAGGUUGCAAGAUUUAGGAUAUGACGAGGAAACAUUUGAAGAAUGGUGCGAGAAGGCGCGGUUAUUUGGCAUGUUGCUACCGAUUGGGAUAUUCCCGUACAUUUUAAUGGAUCCAAAAGUCGCCCAGAAAGCGUUCGAUGAUCCCGACACAUACGUGGAGUAUUUAGAAGUGGAUAGAUCGGCUCCCGUCAUAUCACACGCUAGAGAAAACGCUCUGUACCGGAACAGACAGCUGGAGGUGUGCGAAAAAUUCGUGGAAACGUUUGUAAUUGGAAAUGUUACCAAAGCUGAGAUCAUGUAAAACUAAAUUUCAAUUAGAUGUUCAUUGUUUGUUAUAAAUAUAAAAAUCUUUAAAAUGUGCGGUCACUCGUUUUCAGUUGUGAGAAGGACCUCAUGGUCGCCCCGAGCGAGACCAUCUGUUCGCCCCAAAUUAGCCUCGGACAUGUCACGGCUCGCAGACAGACUCCAUAUCGGGCGGCGGCUAGCAAGUCUCGCAUUUAGGCUAUCUCACGUUGAUAUUUACUUAUCGAGAUUGACAUCUUAUUUUUAGGGCCCGAGUCACCUUUGAUGUAUUUACUUGGUUGAUAUUUUAUAGGUAACCGUUCAUUCGUUAUUAAAUGGAAUUAGUUUAUUUAUUUUUUCUGGAAUGUAAUAAAAAUAAAGUAGGAGAAGAUUUGUAUGAAUUUUUCAUAAUAUUCAUAUCUACAUCAAUUCGACAAGCAUGCACAGCUCUAAUGCAAAGCUAGUGGCUUGUGCUGAUCUCGUCCACAAGUUUAGGAGAUAUGAAACUCUCUAUGAAAGGAAAGCCAGGAGGGUCUCAUCAAAUUAAUUUACAUUCUUUAGUCUUAGGAAUAUUUUUUGCGAAUUGGAUACCACAUUAUGUUAUUUUUAUUGUAAUUGUAAAUAAAACUAAAAAUAUUAA